CCACACACACGCACACGCCCCAAGCUACUCGACACGAGAGUUUCUCCGCUUGCUGUCGCCUCCCCCCACACACGGCUCUGUGGUGGGUAACAGCCCCCCCCCACUCCACCCCACCCCACCACGACUACAAGAAGGCUUCAUCAUCCGCGCCGCUCACAACUCGGCAAAGUCAGCGGCCUCUGCAAGACGCGCACUCGCAAACCAUCCUCCCCCGCUCGACACUCCACUCAACAAGACUUAGCAUCCGUGUGUAUGUGUAAUCGACAGCGGCAGCCUACGAGUCAGUCGACGUGUGUGUGUGUAUAUACACGCAGCGGUGACAAGGUUUCAUUCAAGGGAGAGAGAAGAGAGAGAGAAGAGAGGCGAGAAUCGGGGUAGGGAGACUUCCCAACGAGUCGAAAACAAGAACUCGGAACGGCGCACGGCCAGUGCUGCCAGCGUACCUCUCCUGCCGGACUUGAAUUCCACACCCACGCACGCUUGCAGUAUUCUUCAAUCGCACAGUCGAAGGUUGUGGACAGCACCGCAAACGAAACGCAGAAAAAUUGAAAUCCACGCAGCGCGUCUCCAGCGGAAGUUCCCUGACUGGGCGCGGAGGGGCAUGCCACCUCUCGCGCGGCCGUGACCAACGCAGAGCGCCACUCCCCGAGACGACGCCCCAAAGCCCCCCCAGAGCUCCCGCAGCGACCCUCCGCGUCGUCGAGGGCAUGGCGGCCCCGCCGCAGCCUCAGCGCCAGCGCCAGCAGCUGCUGCUGGUGCUGCUGCUGGCCCUGAGCGCGGCGCUGGCGGCCGACGGGGCGAGCGGCGCUCGCUCGGCCGCGGCGGCUUCACCGGCGGCGGCCGGAGGACGGGGCAAGCUCCAGCGAGACCGACGCAACAUCCGGCCGAACAUCGUGCUCAUCCUCACCGACGACCAGGACGUUGAACUAGGCUCGAUGCAAGUGAUGAACAAGACGAGGCGCAUCUUGGAGCAGGGCGGCGCCCACUUCACCAACGCGUUCGUCACCACGCCCAUGUGCUGCCCAUCGCGCUCCUCCAUCCUGACGGGGAAAUACACGCACAACCACCACGUGUACACCAACAACGAGAACUGCUCGUCGCCCUUCUGGCAGGCCACCCACGAGCCCCGCACCUUCGCCGCUCACCUCGGCGGCACCGGCUACCGCACAGGCUUCUUUGGGAAGUACCUCAACGAGUACAACGGCACGUACGUGCCCCCGGGCUGGCGCGAGUGGCUCGGCCUCAUCAAGAACUCGCGCUUCUACAACUACACGCUGAGCCGCAAUGGCGUCCCCGAGAAGCACGGAUUCAUCUACGAGAAGGACUACCUCACCGACCUCAUCACCAACGACAGCAUCUCGUUCUUCCGCCGCUCCAAGCAGGAGUUCCCGCUGAGGCCCGUGCUCAUGGUGGUGAGCCACGCGGCACCGCACGGCCCCGAGGACUCGGCGCCGCAGUACGCGGACGCGUUCCCCAACGUCACGCAGCACGUGACCCCGAGCUACAACUACGGGCCCAACCACGACAAGCACUGGUUCGUGAGCCACACGGGGCGGAUGCUGCCCAUCCACAUGGAGUUCACCAAUGUCCUCCAGCGCAAGCGGCUGCAGACGCUGCUGUCUGUCGACGACUCCGUGCAGAGGAUCUUCACCAUGCUGGAGGAGACGGGAGAGCUGGACAACACGUACAUCAUCUACACGGCCGACCACGGCUACCACGUUGGGCAGUUUGGCCUCGUCAAGGGGAAGUCUCUCCCCUACGAGUUCGACAUCCGCGUGCCCUUCUACGUGCGGGGGCCCGACGUGCAGCCUGGAAUCAGGAUCCCCCAGAUCGUGCUCAACAUCGACCUGGCGCCCACCAUGCUGGACAUCGCCGGCCUGGACGUCCCGGCCGACAUGGACGGGAAGUCGGUGCUCAAGCUGCUGCUGCCCGAUCGGCCGACGAACCGGUUCCACCCGAGCCUGAGAAAGAUGAAGUCGUGGAGGGACUCAUUCCUCAUCGAGAGAGGGAAGAUGUUCCGUGUGAAGGAUGCCAGUGGCUCUGCACACACCAACCUGCUGCCCAAGUACGAGCGCAUGCGGGAGAUCUGCCAGCGGGCCGAGUACCAGACGCCCUGCCAACAGCCCGCCCAGAAGUGGCAGUGCGUGGAAGACAGCCUGGGCAAGCUGCGUCUCAACAAGUGCAAGAGCUCGCCGCCGCACGGGAGCGUGCGCCGCACCGCGGGCGGCGGGCGGAGCGCCCUGCGGGGCAGGGGCCGCUUCGCGCAGCGAGGGGGCGGCCGCGAGAACGACGACGACGACGACGACGACGACGAGGUGGAGGGUGAGGAGCGGGAGGAUGGAGGCGAGUGCGCGUGCCCCGAGAACACGGGGGGAGCCCUGAUCCCGCGGCUCAGCAAGGCCGAGCGAAGGAGCCAGCGCAAGUUCCUCAAGACUCACCUCACCCAGAAGUACAAGCCCCGCUUCCUGCGACCCCGAGCCGUCGAGCUCUCGGAGGAGGACCAAGAACGAGGAGAAGAAGAAGAAGUAGAAGGAGUAGAAGACGGAGACACCUCGGAGGAGGAGCUAGAGAAUCCGGGAGAUCCACCGAAUGGACCGGCUGACCUCGACGCCGGACAGGAAGAGUCUGGCGCCCACGAGGCCGUCAGGCGGCUCUCCCGGCGGCACGCGGCGCCGGGCAGGGGCGGCGGUGGCUGGCCGCAGGGCCGGGCGACGCGCGUCAAGGCCACCAAGAAGAAGGGUCUGCUGAGCCGCAAGAAGACCAUCGCGCUGUCUCCAUCGCACAAGGUCACGCGCAGGUGUUAUAUUUUCUCCAACAACACGGUGGGCUGCGAUAACGUGGUCUACUCUUCCAUCAAGGCGUGGAAGCAUCACAAGGGCAUAGUGGAGCAUCAGAUUGAAGCUCUGCAGGACAAAAUAAAGAACCUGAAGGAGGUGAAGGGGCAUCUGAAAACCAAGCGCCCUGAAAAAUGUCACUGCGAGAGAAAGAGUUACUUUACAAAAGGCAAACUAUUUAACGCCAAAACGCACCUGAAAGUCGACACGGAACAUCCUUUCAAGGGUCCUGAGCAGGAAGCCAAGCCCUGGCAGAGGCAGUACAACAUGGAGAAGCGCAAGAAGAAGGAGAGGAAAAUCCUGAAGAGGCUGAAAACAGGAGACAACUGCAACUUCCCCGGGCUCACGUGCUUCACGCAGGACAGCACGCACUGGCAGACCCCGCCGUACUGGACCCUCGGCUCCUUCUGCGCCUGCACCAGCGCCAGCAACAGCACCUACUGGUGCAUGCGCACCAUGAACGAAACGCACAACACGCUCUUCUGCGAGUUCGCCACCGGCGUCGUCGAGUAUUACGAUCUCAACGUUGACCGCUACCAGCUGACCAACACGGCACGCCUGCUGCCGCAGCCCGACUUGGAGAGCUUCCAGGCCGAGCUCAAGGACCUGCGUGGCUGCCAAGGGCACAAGCAGUGCAACCCCGGGGCACCCAGGGCUCUCCUGCCCUUCGACAGGAGCCCACAGCCCAGAGCAGGAACCGUGGAAUCUCGGAGGCAGAAUGAACAAGGGGACCGAACUUGGGCUGGCUGACAAACUUGCACCAAAUUGAAAGAAACUAGACGACGACGACGAGGAGGAGGAGGAAGAAGAAGAAGAAGAAUAAGAAUGAGAAGUUUAAAAGAGACUUGAAUUGGCCAGUACAGACCUCGCAAGUGAAGCCUGACUUGGCAAGAGGACUGCAAAACGUAAGACUUGUGCACAGAGUUGUCUGUUAAAGUAUAACCCACCCACGCCCACCCCUCUGCAGACAAAAGCUGCGCGUUGCUUCGACUUAACCAUGACGCCUCUCAAUGUCUCCAUGGACCUUGCCUCCUUGCGGAGCUACCAAAAAAAAAAAUGAAGAGCGUCCGUGUAGUCUCUGACGAUGGCAACGGAGGUUCAUUCGCGUGCGACCGUUGUGCGUGCGUUACGCCCGCCUCUACGGACACUGGGAAUGGCGUCACCGUUGUGCGAGAGGCUACACGGCCCCAGGUUUCGCACGUGCACCGACAAACUCAGUAUAUCUGUAUUUACAGGGUGGCCCAAAAGUCAGGACGCAGAGGGUGAUUUCAUUUAUUUUAACACUGGCAUUAAAACGUUUUCUUCUUUCUCUAAGUUAAUAUUGUAUCUAUCAUCAUUAUUAAUGGGGGUUUUUGUUGUGUUCAGAUAACAUUUAAGUAGAAUUAAUUGAGACAAGACGUAAUUGUAAUCUUUAAAAAAAAGUCCUAAAAUAAUUAAAAAACAUGUAAUUCACGCAUUAAUGUUAAUGGGAGUCCGUUUAAACGUUUAUUGAAAUAUAAACCAAAUAGCCUGGAUGUCAUUUGUUAAAAUAAACAUAACCCUAUGUGUGCUGACUUUUGGGCCACCCUGCACAUACACCCACGCAGUGUGUCAGAUGGGGCCCUAUCUGUGCAUCGCUGCAGUGUCGGAACGGAAUCGGUAACGUCGACGGUUUUGUAUCAACUCUGCUCUGUCUUUCACAACGCUCCUUUGCCGUGGGUGCAUUCAGUGCAUCUCAUUCAUGUGCUGUGAUUUCCAGUCAGAAAUCAGAAGUGGCUGUAUCGAUCCCACUAUCUCAUCCGUAAAUCAGUUGAUACACCUAAUAGGACCAUGUGCUUGACCGAGCAUAGAAUUAUUUUUCUUUUUGCAGUUUGGGAUUUUUCCUUGUUUUUUUACUGUUGUUCGCAAAAACCUGUUCAGUUGUGACACUCUGUUGUGACGCACGUGUUGUGACACACACACGUGUUAUCACAAAGUGACCUGUUUAGUUUUUGUUUGCAAAAUCAUUUUUACAACUCCGUUAAACGAAUGCGGAAAUAUGAAUACAUACUUACAAUUACUCAAUAUUUUCCUCGUACAGUGGCUGCUCUUUAGUAAUCACACCUUUAUUUCUCAAGUUCCUAUAAAACACACAGGGUUUUUUCCUUACACCACUGUCAAAUAUUAAUGUAAUUUUUCUAAUGUCCAGGAUAAAAAAAAAGGAGCAACUUUUUUUUCUUAUCGCUGCACAAUAUAA